AACAUCGGGACGAAGAAGAAGAAGAAGCUGGACGUAAACAAAAAUAAGGAGAGAAGAUGGCCGCCGCGUUCACUUUAACUUUUUAACGACAACUCACCAGAACCGCUUUUAGUUUUAACGUCGCUUCAGGUUCUGAACUCGAGUCUGAGCUUUUGGCCGAAGGAAGCUAACGACAGCUAGCUGCUAGUACGCUAGCGCUGCCCAAAAUGGACGAUAACAAGGUGGUGGCCGGGAAAGUGAAGAAGCCGGGGAAACGCGGCCGCAAACCUGCAAAGAUCGACCUGAAGGCCAAACUGGAGCGAAGCCGGCAGAGCGCCAGAGAGUGUCGGGCCCGGAAGAAGCUGAGGUACCAGUACCUGGAGGAGCUGGUCUCCAGCAAAGAAAGAGCCAUCUGUGCCCUGAGGGAGGAGCUGGAGAUGUACAAGCAGUGGUGCUCAGCCAUGGACCAGGGCAAGAUCCCGUCAGAGAUUAAAGCUCUGCUGACUGGGGACGAGCAGAAGACGCCUCAGAGCACCAAGACGUCCAAGAACAGCAAGAACAACAGCAUCAGCAGCAACGGCCAGAGUUAGACCCCGCUGAGAACCCUCCGCCGCCAUCAGCUGUGACCUCUGAACCACAGGGAACCGGAGAACCACAGAGAACCACGGAGAACCACAGACGCUGAAGCUGGAUUCAUUCACAUGUUUCUGUGGUUGCCAGGUCACAGCCGAUGAAUCGGCGCCACUUUCUGUUCGUCUCUAGUUUACUGUGACAUUUACUGUUGUGUUGUAGAGGUCAGAGGUCAGAGGUUAGAGGCUGGUCCUGGAUCAGCUGGUCCUGGAUCAGCUGGUCCUGGAUCAGCUGCUCUGAUGAUGAUGAUGAUUGUUUCUGUUCUGAACUUCCUGUUUAUGUGAGGAGAUAAAACGUUGGAGCACUUUGUUAAAUACAUCUGAAGCACUUUGUCCAUGAAAAUCAUUUUAAACUUAAAUAAACGUGUUUGAUUCUC